AAUGGAGUUUACAGACAGUGAAAUUCGUGAAGAAUUAGCACGUCUGGGUUACAGAGAUGUUCCAGAUGAGAAGCUAGCUGAAUUCAAAAAAGACCUCUUAAAGCUCAUUCAUGUGGAGAGAAGUAAGACAAAUUCUCUCAAUAGCAGCAGUGAUGAGUCCAAAUUUGAAAGUCAGUUUCCAAAGUCAUCUUAUGAACCUAGAGUGAAUUUUACUGACAAUCAGACAAUUCAUUAUCCAGGAACAAGUUACAGAGAUAGGAAGGAAUAUACGAGCUAUGGAGGGGACAAGUCGGCCCCCUCAUCUAGAUCUGACUACUACAGCAGCUCCAAGUCAAGUGUUCCUGGCGCCUACAGCUUGUACGAGAUGCCUUCCUAUGGCAUGGGCUCCAGCAGCUAUCAUCCUCAAGUCAAUGUAAACAACAGUGUACCUGAUGAAGAAAAAGAAUAUGAGGCUGAUACUGAAACAAAGAGUGUCAAAAGAAAAACUAGCAGAAAAGCACCCAAUGGAGAUAGAGUAGUUGAUGAAUCCUUCAAUGGCAGUGAUGUUGCUGGUAUCUAUGAAAUUUAUGAAAAAAUCAAAAACUUGGCCAUGAGAGACUGUGAGUGUGGGAAAACAAGAUCCAUGUCAGCAAUGACUGAGCCUCCAUACCGCAUCAAUGGGGUCAAUAAAAAUCCAUCAGUCAUUAAAAUGGGCCAGCCACCUCACACAAGAAACUUAAAGCGCACUGUCCCCUUCAAACGUCAUCAAAUGUACCAGCGGCUGUGGAAGGCCCAGCCAGCUAUAGGGGAAGAUGUCCGACAUCAUGUACGGAAGGAUGUACAUAAUAAGAUGCUCAAGAGAGAAGAUAUCAAGGUAUUUCAUAAGGUGUAUGUCCCCAACUCAUACGUGGUUCCCACAGAAAAGCCACGCUUCAACCUGCGAUGGAACGUCCGUAAAGCCAACGCCGUAUAUGCUAUGCCUCCUCACGGAUUCUACCAUGAGAUUUAACCCUGUCUGAUUUGUGAGGCUUCAGUAGGAGGUCCAUAAAUACAUUUUGAAUGGCUCAAACUAGGAUGUGUAUAUCAAUGUAAUAUUCAUUUUUAAUCUUUCUCUGAACUUCUCAUUUUUAACAAAACAAAUAAAAAAUACAUUUUAAAAUCCUGUUUCCCAUCAUAACUGUUGCAAGUCAAAUGAUGUUUUUAAACUUCUGGUAAGGACCUAUUUUUAUCUGUAAUAUAACAUUUGAACUAUUGUAUGUACUCAUGUAACAAGAGUGACAUAGAGUUAGCUAACAUCAAUUAAAGUUGUAAAGAUUCUUGCUACAGGUGUAUGGUUUGAUCAUGCCAAUACAAGAUUUUGAUGCAAUGUUGGUUGUAUUGUUUUCAUUUUUGGAGCAUCAAAUCAAUAAAUGACUUCUUAUCAUU